AUGGAUCAUAAGUUCAUCAUGAAUUCCACUCAGGUGGUCAACCCCACGGGUCCAUGCGUUGCUUAUACUUUUGAGAACGGAACAGAAGAUGACAAGCGCAACUUCGACCUAGGAGGCUGCCUCUUUUUGUUCAUAAUGCCAUUUGAUGCAGUCGUGAAUGUGCUGGUUUUUGUGUUCUUGAUGCUCACAAUCCUGUCUUUGGCUGUGAACGGAUUCACUUUGUUGGGACUGGGACGCUCGGAGGACCUAUCUUGGGAGCCACGCUACACCCUGCUGAAGAACUUGAUUCUGAGUGACAUGGUGCAAACCAUCAAUGUGGGCCCCUUUGUGACCCACUGCUUACUGCAGAGAAGCACAAUGAACUUUAACACCUUGUGCCUCCUCCAGUAUUUCACCGGCAGCGUCUGCAUCUUCAGCACCCUCAUCACCAUCACCUGCAUGGCCAUUGAGCGAUACCUGUAUGUGUGCCAUGCCAUCCACUACCUGUCCAUCCUCACCCCUCUGCGCCUGCGCCUCACCGUCAGCCUCACCUGGGUCUUGUCCAUCAGCGUUGGCUGCGUUAACUUCACCCUGCUACACCAGGGGGAAGGGGAGUACGGCACAGCAACCUCUGGACUCAUAUGUGAGCCUGACACAGUGGAACGCCACAUGGGUUUCCCCAGGGCAGCGGCUAUCACCCGCAAGCUGGUGGGCUUCAUCUUCACCCUGCUCUGCCUCCUCAGCUACUUCUUUGCCUAUGUACGGAUGUACCAGGACGCCCGCAACGCUGUGGUGCCCUUCAACACGGUGAACACGCGGGCUCGCAACACUGUGCUUUUCUACUGUGGGAUGUUGUUCCUGCAGCUACUCCCUAUAUUCCUCAAGAUCACCUCGGAUGCUCUGUGGGAGCUGGAGGGCACAGGGGCCAUGAUGACCGCCCUCUCCGGGGCUGGGACCUCGCUGUCCGCUGGAACUCUGCACAUCUCCCUCCUGAUCGUCAUCAUGGUGCCUCCCUGCAUCAACCCACUUAUCUUUGGCAUUCGCAAUUGGGAGGUACGUCAGGCGCUGUUCAGACUCUUCCUCUGGAAGGGCAAACGCCCUGAGCUGGAGCUGGAGAGGACGUGGGUGAGGUCACAGCACAGGGCAGGUGUGUUGGAAUGA